GAUUAGGCCAAAGCCCGCGGUGCUGGGAAGAAGCUGCAUCCAUGCCUGUUCUCCGUGUGUGCGUUCGACUGUGUGUGCGCCUGUAACCAUCAUAUGUAUACACACCCCACUUUCGUUGCCUAUUUGCGGCGGAUUGGGGGACGGGUGUGUGGGGGGAGAAUGAAUGAAUGAAUGAAUGGUGUGUGUUAGUGUGAGUGUGAUGAUCUCGGGCGUACCGUGAUCGGGCGGAAUCCGUGUGUGAGAGAGAACGGGAUAGACUGUGUUUAAUAUUUUUAAGAGCACGCUUAAUGAUGCUGCGUGUGGGAGGAGGGUGAAUUUGAGUUCACCUCUUCUUGUCCCUUUUCCAUCUCUAGCGCCUUUUCUCUCCCCCAUUUCUCCAUCCCCCCACCACCAAUCCCCCGCAGUCUGAGGGAAGGAAGUAGCUUUCUUGAUCUCCCCACAGCUAUAUAUUCAUCCAGCUUAAGUGGCAGUGGCUAAGAAGUUCAUACAUCUGAGCUGCAGAGCUGUUUGGGAAUGACACUGCAUCUUAUUUCUGCAAGCCAGAUACAGAGCCAACAGGAAAUAAAGGAAGAAGAAUGCAAAACUGCCCUCAGAACUGGAUAUGGAAAUACCAGUAGAGAAAUCUUCUAAAAGCAUGAAGAAAAAUUGAAGCUUUAUGAACAAAGCAUAGAAAAGAUGAUACCUCUGAAGAGGGCACUGCCAAGGUGCAUUUGGCAGUGAAAAUGGGCUGUACAUCUACUUCAGAUAUCCAUAUAUGAGAAGACAGCCAUUUCAAAAAGUUUCAACAUUACUACUUGGAGCAGUAUGGCAGGUUUCAAACGAGGAUAUGAUGGAAAAAUUGCUGGAUUGUAUGAUUUGGAUAAAACCUUAGGCAGAGGGCAUUUUGCUGUGGUCAAACUUGCUAGACAUGUGUUUACAGGUGAGAAGGUAGCAGUGAAAGUAAUUGACAAAACCAAGCUAGAUACUCUAGCCACAGGACAUCUUUUUCAGGAAGUUAGAUGCAUGAAGCUAGUGCAGCAUCCCAAUAUUGUUCGCUUGUAUGAAGUUAUUGACACCCAGACCAAACUUUACUUAAUCUUAGAACUUGGUGAUGGAGGAGAUAUGUUUGAUUACAUCAUGAAACAUGAAGAAGGUCUUAAUGAAGAUCUGGCAAAGAAGUACUUUGCUCAGAUUGUCCAUGCUAUAUCCUACUGCCAUAAACUGCAUGUAGUUCACAGAGACUUGAAGCCAGAGAAUGUUGUCUUCUUUGAAAAACAAGGGCUUGUGAAAUUGACUGAUUUUGGCUUCAGCAACAAGUUUCAGCCUGGAAAGAAACUUACAACAAGUUGUGGAUCUCUUGCAUAUUCUGCUCCAGAAAUUCUACUUGGGGAUGAAUAUGAUGCACCUGCAGUAGAUAUCUGGAGCUUGGGAGUUAUCCUUUACAUGUUGGUAUGUGGACAACCGCCUUUCCAAGAAGCAAAUGACAGUGAAACCUUGACCAUGAUAAUGGACUGUAAAUACACGGUGCCAUCUCGUGUGUCCAAAGAAUGUAAAGAUUUGAUUACACGAAUGUUGCAAAGAGACCCAAAACGAAGGGCAUCUUUGGAAGAAAUUGAAACCCAUCCCUGGCUACAAGGAGUUGAUCCAUCGCCUGCCACAAAAUACAAUAUUCCUCUAGUUUCAUACAAAAAUCUUUCAGAGGAAGAACACAACAGCAUAAUACAGCGAAUGGUUCUGGGUGAUAUUGCAGAUCGAGAUACCAUAGUAGAGGCUCUGGAAACCAACAAAUACAAUCACAUCACUGCUACCUACUUCUUACUAGCAGAGCGAAUUUUAAGAGAGAAACAAGAGAAAGAAAUACAAACCAGAUCAGCAAGCCCAAGCAAUAUCAAAGCGCAAUUUAGGCAAUCGUGGCCAACAAAAAUUGAUGUUCCUCAAGAUUUAGAAGAUGACCUUACAGCUUCUCCUCUGUCCCAUGGAACUGUUCCUCAGUCUCCAGCUCGCAGUGCUGAAAAUGUUCUUAAUGGUCACAGGAGUAAGGCACUUAAUGAUUCAGCAAAGAAAGAGGAUAUACCUGAAUUAGCAGGACCAGCACUUUCUGUUGUUCCACCAGUGAGUUUGAAACCUACAACCAGUGGUCGGAAAUGCUUGUUUAGGGUAGAAGAAGAUGAGGAGGAGGAUGAAGAAGAUAAAAAAACCGUUUCCCUUUCAACUCAAGUUGUCUUGCGCCGAAAGCCUUCAGUUACAAAUCGUCUUACUUCCCGUAAGAGUGCUCCAGUCCUCAAUCAGAUCUUUGAGGAAGGAGAGUCUGAUGAUGAGUUUGAUAUGGAUGAGAACUUACCCCCCAAACUUAGCAGGCUAAAAAUGAAUAUUGCUUCACCCAGCACUGUGCACAAACGUUACCACAGAAGGAAAAGCCAGGGGCGGGGAUCUAGCUGCAGUAGCUCAGAAACAAGUGAUGAUGAUUCAGAAAGUAGACGGCGUCUAGAUAAAGACAGUGGGUUUACUUACUCCUGGCAUAGACGGGAUAGUAGUGAAGGUCCUCCUGGCAAUCAGGGAGAUGGCAGUGGACAAGGAAAGCCAAGCAAUGGAAAUGGCGGGCUAGACAAAACAAGCCCUGGUGAUAACAAUAAAGGUGGUGGAAGCCCUUCUGGCAGCUCCGGUGGAAGCACGAAUAACAAUUCGGGUUCUACUCGCAGGUGUGCUGGGUCUGGUAGCUCAAUGCAGUUAUCAUCAAGAAGUGCUGGUGACCUGGUUGAAAGCCUCAAAUUGAUGAGCCUCUGCUUAGGUUCACAGAUUCACAGUAGCACUAAAUACAUUAUUGAUCCACAAAACACCAUCUCAUUUUCCAGUGUUAAGGUGCAGGAGAAAUCAACAUGGAAAAUGUGCAUAAGUUCUACUGGGAGUGUAAAUCCAGCUUCAUCUUUGGGUGGCAUAAAGUUCUUUUCUGACCAAAUGUCAGAUACUGCAAAUGAAUUAGAACGAAUAAAGAGCAAGAACUUGAAAAAUAAUGUGCUACAACUACCUCUGUGCGAAAAAACAAUAUCUGUGAAUAUUCAGCGAAACCCGAAGGAGGGACUACUGUGCACCUCCGGUCAAACUACUUGCUGUCAUGUUGUUUGACAGUAACCAGACUCAGCCCAUCCUACUUGACAUCACCAAUCUUCCUGUUCAGAGCUGUGAAUACUUUAUUUCACUAAAUCCCUUCAUUGUCAAUUGUCUUAAUAUUUUAAAACAGGCUUUGAGCAGUAAUUUAUUACCGUAUUUUUCGCUCUGUAAGAUGCCCUGACCAUAAGAC